UUGCACAGAGAGAGGCAGGUCUUUCCCCUCAACACAAUAAAUAGCAGGUGUGUGUUUCACUGCAAUCACUUCAACUCAGACCAGAACUUCUGACACCAUGCUCUGCUCCAGACUCUGCACCACACUGUUGCUGGCAGCAACGUGUUUGCUUAUGAGAGCAGGAUUUUCCAGAGCUGAACAGGCCACAGAGAGAGUGAUCACCUGUGAUGAUGCCUACAACGUCCAACGCCUGAGCUGUGCGAAUGGAGCGAUCAGUGUGCAGACCGCUCUGUAUGGACGUGCAGACAGUACAACCUGCAGUGAGGGCCGACCUCCACAACAGCUUACCAACACACAGUGUUCUCUGCAGGGCACCUUGGACAUUAUGAGGAAAAGAUGUAAUGGCAAGAGCGUGUGUGAAACAAACACCUUCCGUGCUUCUGAUCCCUGUUAUGGCAUCUACAAAUAUCUGGAGACCACCUACACCUGCCUCCCAGCAAUCUUCAGCGUAACAUGUGAGGAGUCUUUGGCAAACCUGCAGUGUUCUGGAAGACGGGUUAUAUCUGUCUACAGUGCUUAUUAUGGACGCCGUGACUCCGCCACAUGCUCCUACCAACGACCUGCCUCUCAGGUCGAAAACGUCGACUGCUGCAACCCCACAAGCAAAGUUGCUGAAGGCUGUAACGGGAAACACAGCUGUACUAUCAAAGCCAGCAACUCAGUGUUUGGAGACCCCUGUGUUGGCACUUACAAGUACCUGGAGGUGGCUUACACAUGUAAAAAGCGUGGGAAUUAAACAACAAAACAUGGCAAUGUACGGCGUCAGUGGAUGAAACCAAUGAGACUUUGAAAUUCCAAAUGGAGCAUAUAGCCUAAAGUAUCUGGACAGCGGAAUAUUAAACUGUUCACCAUCUCGCACUGGGCUAAGUGUCCAAAUACAGUUGCUCCACAAAUGACUCAAAAUGGGAACAAAACUUGCUUUAAUAAGCCUCUGAUCAAAGAAUUGCCUCUUCUGUUAUCAUCUUGUGAUGCACAAAUAAAAUCUGCCUCGCCUCA